GGCCGGCAAGGGGCGGGGCGUCUCCUCUCGGACAUCCGCCAUGGCCACGGUUACGGGCUGCACACCCCACGGCCGGUCCUCCCGCAUGCAGAGGCCACAUCUCAGCAAGAUGGAGCGGAUGAUCGUGAGUAUGCAGGACCCUGACCAGGGCGUGAAGAUGCGGAGCCAGCGCCUUUUGAUCACCGUCAUUCCCCACUCGGUAGCGGGCAGAGAAGUCGUGGAAUGGCUGGUCCAGAAGUUUUGCAUCUCCGAGGAGGAGGCCCUGCACCUGGGCACACUCCUGGCGCAGCACGGCUACAUCUACCCACUGCGUGAGUCCCGAGACUUGACGCUCCGGCCCGAUGACACGCCCUACAGGUUCCAGACACCCUACUUCUGGACAAGCACUCUGUGGCCAGCUGCUGAGCUGGACUAUGCCAUCUACCUGGCUAAGAAGAACAUCCAAAAACAAGGGGCCCUGGUGGACUAUGAGAAGGAACAUUAUGCCCAGCUGCACAAGAAGAUCAACCAUGCAUGGGAUCUAGUAGUGAUGCAGGCUCGAGAGCAGCUGCGGGCAGCAAAGCAGCGCCGGAAGGGAGACAGGCUGGUCAUUUCGUGUCAGGAGCAGACAUACUGGCUGGUGAACAAGCCCCCUCCUGGGGCACCUAACAUUCUAGAGCAAGGUCCUGAGAGGGGCUCUUACAACUCCAGCAGAGUACAGAUGAGCUCAGAUUUCUAUAAGUGUGAGAUCGAGCGCUUCAGGAAGGCAUUGGGCAGGAACCGGGUGAAGUCCUCUGUCUGCCUCGAGGCGUACCUGAAGUUCAGCAGCCAGCAUGGCCCGCACGAUCCCAUCAUGUCAGGGUGCCUGCCCAGCAACCCUUGGAUCACAGACGAUGUCACCUACUGGGCCAUGAAUGCACCUACGGUGGCUGCCCCCACAAAGCUCCGUGUGGAGCGAUGGAGCUUCAGCUUCCGGGAGCUCCUGGAUGACCCCGUGGGGCGUGGCCACUUCAUGGACUUUCUCCAGAAGGAGUUCAGCGCGGAAAACCUCAGCUUCUGGGAGGCAUGUGAGGAGCUGCGCUUUGGCGGGCAGGCCCAAGUCCCUGCCCUGGUGGAUACUGUCUAUCAGCAGUUCCUGGCCCCCGGAGCUGCCCGCUGGGUCAACAUUGACAGUCGGACAAUGGAGGGGACCCUGGAGGGGAUGCGCCAGCCACACCGCUAUGUCCUUGAUGCAGCCCAGCUGCAUAUCUACAUGCUCAUGAAGAAGGACUCCUACCCGAGGUUCCUCAAGUCUGACAUAUAUAAGGGCCUGCUGGAAGAUGCUGUGAUUCCGCUGGAGACGAAGCGCAGGGCAUUUCCAUUCUUGCGGAAGCCUCUGCACUCAAGCCCCAGCCCUGUUCUUCAGUCUACCCCUGGGGAGCCUGCAGCAACCAGCGCCCCUGCAGGUGGCAACGGGGAGCAGUAAUUGGAUCUUGCCAGUCACCUCACUUUUCCAUUACCUGCCUAACACCCUGUGGGGUCAUGAUCUCCUGGAUACUGGGCUCCCAGCCAGUAUCGCCCUGUGGAGAGAGCCCAGCCUGGCUAUAAGGCACUUGGGCCUCCACUAAGGAAAUCCUCCCCUGCCUAGAAGGGACUGGUCUAGCCGCUGAUUCCUAGUGAAGAGAUUUCAUUGGCUGAGCCUUACCAGGACAGGACUUGUUCCUAGAAGGCAAUCCUCAGAGUUCCUGGUACUCUGGCAUCUUAAGUUCAAGACUAGGUGGUCAUCUUUUCUCUAGAAUGUCAAGUUAGUGAUCUGUGAAGAGAUACUGGUCUCUGGCUAUGCCAUCCUAUUCAGGAGGGCUCCACCACGGUGUAGGUUCCUUGUUCUGCUGGAGCUUCUUAGUAGACAGUAUCUGCAGGUACCACAUUCACCACUGUACAUGGCUUCUCUUCCACCUGUCUUACCGGAUCUGUAGAAAGGCAGCUCCAUGCUACUGUUCUGGUUGUGAUGCUCCCAGACCCCUAAGGGCAGGUCUUUGCCAAGGAACAGUUUCCCUCUCCAGGCUGUCCCAAGCCACUAGCAUUGCCAUCCCUGCCCCAGAACUAGAGAUACCUUCUGCCAUGCAGCUCCCACCAGGGUUGUUCUCCAGUCUCUGCUCACUACUCCUUUCUUCAGAAAUAAAAGAUUCAAGCCCUUGCA